UGCCCUUUUCAGCUUUAGCUUGGUAUCCUUGCUCUUUUCCUCAAGGAAAUGAGUCCAAAGCCCUUAAUCUAACAGUGCUGACAGGUUAUGCUUUGAAUAAGGUAAACAUGGUAGGCAUAACUGAAUAUGUAAGUGACUUGUUUCUUUCAGUUUUAAUCGAAAUGUGUUACAGUCGUAAAGGUGUGGACUCUGAAAUUAGAGCUGCGUUGCUCUACUGUUUUUUAGUCACAAUAAACGAGUGAGCUUGAGCAAAUUAUUUAAUAUUUUGAAGCUUCGUAAACUUCAGCUAUAAAGUGCAGACAUUAGUAUCUCCCUCAUUUGGGUUAAGUCAAGUAUUAUAUGAGGUAAUGGGGGUAAAGUACUGAGUACUGAGUAUGGUGCUUGUCACAGAGUAAGUCCUCAAUAAGUGGCAACCAUGAUUAUUUUAUUUUUAUGUCUACCAACUGAAGCCUUUUUCAGACCUUACCAUGUCAAAUUAAAGUUAAUCUUAACUCUUCUAGUAUAUUUAGGUGUUCUUGAAGGGAGCUCUGUUUGGCUUGAUUGGGUUUGGGGAACGCCAGAAGAAAACUACAGACAGAGAAUAUAUCAGGAACGUAGCGUAAGGGAAAACUAAGCUAAUUACGAUUGUUUUUAAUUGUCUUUUAGACCUAUGCAUGUCUUCAUUGAGGAACUUGGAAAUUUCCCUAUAGAGAUAUAACCAGCAAGAAAAUUGGCAUAAAGCUUCAGAUCUUUCUCCCCGUGCUAUCACCGUAUUGUUCUUUUAAGUGACACCACAGAUGCUUGGAUUUCUGUCAUCAUAGCCGAAUGAACCCGAACAAGUUUCAUUUAACUAACAGAAUCCUAAAGGAAGACCUUAGCUGCCCUUUUCUGUCUAAACACAAACUGCCAUGCCAUCCUUAAAUUGCUCUGGAAAACAAAUAGAUUGUGAACACUCACUGACUUGUGUCUUGUGAAAUGAGCUCUGGCUGACGGACUGUAUUGGAUUCUGGAGGCCGUGGUCCUUCUGUGUAUGGAAGAAACGCUGUGGAUCUGUGGCAGAGUAGAGCCAAAGCUCCAGACCAGAAUGAGUGGACCAUGCUUGGAAAGUGUUUUGAGUGCCAGCCUAGCACCUUUUGUCCUUCUGUUAUACUUAAAAGUUUUACACCUUGACUCGUUGAAGUUUUUAUCAGCGGGUAGUAACAAAAACAUCUUGCCCAUGGUUUCGUAGCUAGUGAGUGGUAUUGUUAAGACUUGUAUCAAGUUACUUUGGCUUCAGACACUGUAUUAUUUGUUUUUUUCCAAAUUGAUCCUUGCCUUGUAUGGCUUGUAUGAAACCCCUACUUCCCCACCAUUUUUGUUCUCUGCCAGUUAAAAUUCACUGUAGUUUUGUGGUAGGGAAUCUGGUCUUAUGGAACCGGCCUAAAAGUGCGAACAAUUGCUGAAGCCUUCUAAAUUCUCUUCAGAUUACUGAAAAUGAAGUCCUAUGGCAGCGUGUACAAAGCUAUUCACAAAGAGACUGGUCAGAUUGUUGCGAUUAAGCAAGUUCCUGUGGAAUCAGACCUGCAGGAGAUAAUCAAAGAAAUCUCUAUAAUGCAACAAUGCGACAGCCCUCAUGUAGUCAAAUAUUAUGGCAGUUAUUUUAAGAACACAGACUUGUGGAUCGUUAUGGAAUACUGUGGGGCUGGUUCUGUGUCUGAUAUCAUUCGAUUACGAAAUAAAACGUUAACAGAAGAUGAAAUAGCUACAAUAUUACAGUCAACACUAAAGGGACUGGAAUACCUUCAUUUUAUGAGAAAAAUACACCGAGAUAUCAAGGCAGGAAAUAUUUUGCUGAAUACAGAAGGACAUGCAAAACUUGCAGAUUUUGGGGUAGCGGGUCAACUUACAGAUACGAUGGCCAAACGAAAUACAGUGAUAGGAACACCAUUUUGGAUGGCUCCAGAAGUGAUUCAAGAAAUUGGAUACAACUGUGUGGCAGACAUUUGGUCAUUGGGAAUAACAGCUAUAGAAAUGGCUGAGGGAAAGCCCCCAUAUGCUGACAUCCAUCCAAUGAGGGCAAUCUUCAUGAUUCCCACCAACCCCCCUCCUACAUUUCGAAAGCCAGAACUGUGGUCCGAUAACUUCAUGGAUUUCGUGAAGCAGUGUCUUGUAAAGAGCCCUGAGCAGAGAGCCACAGCCACUCAACUCCUACAGCACCCGUUUGUCAAGAGUGCCAAAGGAGUGUCGAUACUGCGGGACUUAAUUAACGAGGCCAUGGAUGUGAAGCUGAAACGCCAGGAAGCCCAGCAGCGGGAGGUGGACCAGGACGAUGAGGACAAUUCAGAAGAGGAUGAGAUGGACUCUGGCACGAUGGUUCGAGCAGCAGGUGAUGAGAUGGGCACCGUCCGGGUGGCCAGCACAGUGACCGAUGGAGCCAGCACUAUGAUCGAGCAUGGGGACACGUUGCCGUCACAGCUGGGCACCAUGGUGAUCAACGCAGAGGAUGAGGAAGAGGAAGGGACUAUGAAAAGAAGGGAUGAGACCAUGCAGCCUGCAAAACCAUCGUUCCUUGAAUACUUUGAACAAAAAGAAAAGGAAAAUCAGAUCAAUAGCUUCGGCAAAAGUGUACCUGGCCCCCUGAGGAACUCCUCAGAUUGGAAAGUGCCGCAGGAUGGAGACUAUGAGUUUCUUAAGAGUUGGACAGUAGAGGACCUUCAGAAGAGGCUCCUGGCCCUCGACCCCAUGAUGGAGCAAGAGAUCGAAGAGAUCCGGCAGAAGUACCAGUCCAAGAGGCAGCCAAUCCUGGAUGCCAUCGAGGCUAAGAAGCGGCGGCAGCAGAACUUCUGAGAAGGCCCGGCCAGGAGGACCCCGGCCUGCGCACCAGGCCUUCGGUGAACCCUGGCUGCUCGCCACUCAGGCUUGUCAGCCAACACUUCCGCCCCGUCAUUUUUCCACGGCACCUUCGCCUCCGUGAACUCAGGAAGUGCACCAGUGGGAAGGGCUGCCUGCCGUCAGCGCGCCAUCUUGUGUAUGUAUUUAAAUCGAUCAGUUAUAUUAUUUCAAAGGAUUCAUAUCAGCGCUUUUAAACUCAGUUUUUAACCCCAGGAACAGAGACUCCUAGAUGAGUGAUAGCUGGGAAAAUGUUACAUGUUGUCUUGUUUUUCUUCUUCCAAUAGCUUUCAAUUGUUCUUUCUGGAAAACUUUUAAAAAAUAUAUAAAUAUGCACAUAUAUAUAAAUUAUAACUGGAUUCCCCACUGAGUGUGGUGGUGGCAUCUCUGUACAGGUACAGUUUUAAACAGUUGGCCUCUUUUCUGUAAGAUUAUGGUACUGUGGGACACGAGGGCAGGGGACAGCGGGAGGCUGUUGGGGUCACUCAGCUCCCAGGGGCCAACCUCACCCUUUUGCAGGGCUGCAAUUAAAAAUUAGGUUUGGGCCAGUUCUCUCCCCAUGGUUUGAGCCUUGGGUGGGUCAUCUCUGGCUUCUGGAGCCACUGACCAUGUCCACAGGAAAGCCUUGAGAGUUUGUGUUUACUUUUUGAGUCCCAGGAGAAGCCUGGCACCCUCUUUGUAAACUGCCCCUUGUGGCUUCAAUGCCUUUCAUCCAUUUCCACUCUCCCGACCGCCUAAAGUCACAGCACAGAUACUGCCCAGUGCCUUAAGAGGAGACGUGACCCCGUGCAGGAAUGGGCCUGCCAGGUCCUCUCAGCAAACACGGGGCUGUGUGCAGGCCACAGAAGAGAAGGUGUCUUCGGACUUCUCAUUGAUCAUGUGAAGAUCGCACAGGGGCAUGCAUUUUGCUCUGCAUUCCUUACAGACAUGGGUAGAUGGCAUUGCUUUUGGUGAUCAUAUUCCAAUAUGUGACUGUUUUCUUUUUUUACUUUACUGCUGAGGGGUCUGGAAAGGAUACCUGAAUAUCAGACUAAGAUCUGUUCUCCAGGAGGCUCCAUCUGGGCCCACAGAAUGCCACAACUGGAAGGGACCAUAGGCAUUUUCUGGCCCGAAUGAGGCUUGGAGAGGGGAAGUGAUAUGGUGACAAGAUCACAAAGCAAGCUGAAGAGCUGAGACUAGACCAGAGCUCCUCACCCCUGGGCCCUGAUCCAAGCAGCCCCGUCCAAGGGGAGAAACCUGUGUCAGUUUUGGUAAAGUUUCCCCAAGAGGCCUACAAGGCAGACUUGGUCUUGCUUGGUCCCUUCAGAGGGCUACUGGCUCUGAGACCCCCAGGGGGAGCCUGAUGGUUGAAUCUCGGCCCUUCCGGAGCCCUGCAGCGCCUGCUGGCCAGUAAGAGGCACCAUGUGGGCAAUUUUGGGCCUAAGAUCAGAGGGCUUCACAGAACAGCACUGGCCAUCCCUCUGCAGCAUGGGCUCAAGGCCACAUGUUCUGUCAUCACACAGCAAAGAGUAGACAGUGAGGAAAGGCAAAUGUCUGCUCAUUUUUAAUUAUCCCCCCUCCCCCCCCCUCCCCGCGCCCCUGCUGGGAGAGCACUGACUGGGUUGCACCUAAGGAUAGUGUAAUUCGACUCCAUAAUUGCUUUUGCUUCCCAAACCUGGGAAUCAAUGGAAAGGCAGGGAAUGUUCCUCUUCUCUGGCCAGAUUCUGUUCUUUGCAAUUAAAGCAAGUUUUUAAAAAUGUAAGAGGCAGUGGUUGAUCUGCAGGGUUUGGCCAGUUAGGCAGUUAUGUGUUAGAUACAGAGAACAGAGGACGACUAGAGGAUCCCGCUAGAAUAAUCGAUGGCAGCUAAUAUUCAUUGACCACUUAGUAUACACCAGGCACUGAGCUAGGUGGGCUUUUUAUAUAUGUGAGAUCCAAACUUCAGGAUAACCCCAUAUGUUAAGUACUUUAUCUCCACUUCAUAGAUGAAGGAGCAAGUUCAGACAGAAAAAAAGUUCUUUCCCAGGGCAGUACAGCUAGUAAGUGGCUGAAUCAGGAUUCAUAGCAUCACCAUGUGAGACCAAUAUUUACAGGGAAAAAGAAAGUCACAAAUCUUUAAAACGAAGUGACCACCUUUCUCGCACAGAAUAAAUAACUCUCACUGGCAUUUUUAGGCUGGGAAACAGCUGAGUUAGUAGUCAAGUCUGACAGCCAAGUGAGUCUCACCAACCACAGCACGGAGCGUGCAUUCCCCCACACCAUCUGCUGUGCUAACGAACAGGCCUGCCUCAGCCUCUUUCUCUUUAGAAAGGACUUUGCACUUGGCCAGACAGGAGAGGAAUGCCCAUUUCUUCCUUCCUAAGCUAGAUCCAAGUAAAAGAAGGUUUUCGUUUUUCCCCGUAAAUAUUCUUGGGUCAUGAAUCUUGAUCCGUAGUUUAUUUUCUUUCAGGCAUGUGUGCACCCACCAUGCUCGUCCAACAAAGAACACUGCUCACCAGUCUAGCGAGACAGAACCCUUUGGCGAGAAGUCAAUUUCUUUGGACCACAUACAUUUCCCGACAAGGUGUAUUUGUUUUCUAGUGACGGAAAGCCAGAGGAGCAAGUCCCAGUCAUUUUUUCCCCUUGAAUACCAACUUCAGGCUAGGUCAGCUUGCUUUCAUUGAGUCCCGAGCUUCAGUAAUUGCCUCAGCAUUUUUGACUCAAGUUUCCAGGGACUCUGCACCUCGCCUAUUCUCUACUUUUAAGAAACAAGGACCCUCACCUAGUUGUAGCCUAAAAAGAUUGAUAUUUGAGAUUUAAAAAUCUCAAAUUCUCCAAGAAUAUCUUGAUUGCUUCCUCAUCAGUAAUUAUGAAGAAAUUUCUCUUUUCCUUUUUUCUUUGUCCCUUCUCCCAGUCACCAACUGGAUGGAUGGAUGGAUGGAUGGAUGGAUGGAUGGAUGGAUGGAUGAAUGUUUGGCUGACUGGCUGGCUGGGGGCUGGCUGAUGAGUGACUGGAUGGAUAGAUAGAUAGAUAGAUAGAUAGAUAGAACCAAAAUUCUGAAGCCACUGGAGAGCUAUAGCUUGACUCCUUGAGACUGUGUAUUCUGAUCCAGGAAACAUUUCUUUAGCACCUGUCAGAUGCCAGAGAUUUAUUAUGCCAUUUAAAACUCAGUAGCUCUUACCAAUAUCAGGAAUGAGAGAGGUGGCAUCAGUAAGCUCCUACAGAUAUUAAAAGGCUAAGAACAAUAUCAUGAACAAUUUUAUGCUAAUAAAUUCAGUAACUUAAAUAAAAUGGGCGAAUUCCUUGAAAGAUACAAAACACCAAAGCUCAUUCAAGAAGAAAAUAGAUAAUCUGAAUAGCCUUAUAUCUGUUAAAACUUAAUAGCUCCGGGAGGUAUAGGUAUUACUGUCCUCUUUUUACAGAUAAGGAAACUGAGACUCAGAGAGGUGAAGUCUUUUAAGCUCAAGGUCAUGCAGCUAAAAUAUGGUGGAGCUAGGAUUCAAAUGCAGGUUUUCUGAUUCUUAUUCCAGUGCCCUUUCUAGCACACCACAUUGCCUCUAAAGACUGUAGCUCCUUAUUUCCUGGAAAAUUGUUUCUUCCCAGUCCUCAGCCUCCCACCCCAUCCUUUCUAAUGCACUCUGUGUUUUCAUCAGGAUUAUAUUCAUUGUAUUUGGACUCCAUGUUCUUUUUUGUGUCUGGGGAAAAAAAAAAAUCUCCUCUACCAGCUUGCACUCGAACCAACUUGGAAAAAGCUUAAAUGCUGUUGCAGAUGUACAACUUAAAAAUGUGAAGUUUGUAGCUUUAACUUUUUGUAAUAAAAACUAAUAACACUGGCUUAAGUGCUGACUUGAAAUGCUAUUUUAUAAAGUUUGGAUGUAAAUAAUCAAUUGAGGUCAGCAGUUUGUAUAUGUAUGAAACAUAGCUUCCUCCCCUGCACCUUUUUUAAUUUGAGGUGCUUCCUGUGUGCUUUUAUGUUAGAAUUGUUGUUUUUCCUACUUCCUACACAUUGUCACCUUUGUUUUAAAUAAACUGUCCUUUGGAACACAA